GUACAUUGUUGAUUUGACAUUGUCUGUCAAAUCAUGUGUUGAAAGAGCACAUUUACACGCAUAUUAUUUGGAUUGUUUAUAGUAACAUUUUGAUUGAAAAACGUUGCAAAAAUCACGCAAACAUGGGAAAAAAGGAUAAAAAUAAGAAGAAAGGAAAGGGAGCCGAAAAGACUGCCAUGAAAACGGACAAAAAAUUGGCAGCCAAACAAAAAAAACUGCUCGAAAAAAUCGGAGAGGACGAUAUUGUGAAUAUAGUUGCAACUCUUGAGGCAAAUGAACAAAGGCGAACAACUGUAUCAGAAACUGUAGUGUCACCACCCACACCACGAAGUAAUUUCUCAUUUUGUGCGCACCCCGAAAAAGAAGAGCUCAUACUUUUUGGCGGCGAACAUUACGAUGGACAAAAAUUAUCCGUUUACAAUGAAUUAUAUUUCUACAAUAUUCCGAAAAAUGAAUGGAAAUUAGUGAUGGCCCCGGCAGGACCCGGUCCACGAUCAGCUCACCAAAUGGUCUCAGUUGCUUCGGACGGUGGACAAUUAUGGUUAUUUGGCGGUGAACAUUCGACACCAUCUCAAAUGCAAUUCUAUCACUAUCGUGAUUUAUGGGUCUUUCGAAUUGCCUCACGUAAAUGGGAAAAAGUUGUAACACAAAACAGCCCAUCACCUCGCAGUGGUCAUCGAAUGAUCGCACACAAAAAGAAACUAUUUGUAUUUGGUGGUUUUUAUGAUACCGGAAUUUCAUACAAAUAUUAUAAUGAUGUUUGGAUUUUCUCAAUGGAAUCGUAUCAAUGGCAAUGCAUCAAUGCAAAAGGUUCAAUUGUUCCGGCUCCUCGUAGUGCUGGUUGUAUGGCUGCAACGCAAGACGGGAAGAUUUUGGUUUGGGGUGGUUACAGUAAAACGUCUGUGAAAAAAGAGGUUGAACGAGGAGUCACACAUUCCGACAUGUAUGCAUUGGCACCAGAGAAAAAUGAUGCAUCCGGAUUACUAUGGAAAUGGUCAAGUGUAAAACCUGGAGGCUAUCGCCCGGCACCAAGAAGUGGUGUAAGUGUUGCUGUCGCUGCAAAUGGUAAAGGUUACAUUUUCGGCGGUGUUCUUGAUGUUAAUGAAGAUGAAGAAAAUCUCGAUGGACAGUUUAGUAAUGAAAUGCAUUUGCUGGAUCUUUCCAAUCCAACUUGGCGUUUGAUUGAGUUAAAAGGAAAAAAAGAUAAAUCAACCAAAUCGAAAGAUAAAAAAGAAGAAGAAGGAAUGGAUACAGAUGCAAAAGCCACAACUCAAGUCUCGUCGGAUGGUGUAUUUACAAUAACCGUUGGCGGUAGCUCAUCAUCAUCACAAAAAGUAAAAUCAGCAUCGAAAUUAGAAGGCCACAAUGCACCGUCACCACGAAUGAAGCCCGGCAUGGCUAUAUGCAAAGGGACCUUAUAUCUGUAUGGAGGAGAAUAUGAGAACGGAUCGAAACAAUACACACUCAAUGAUUUCUAUUCACUUGAUUUACACAAGCUUGAUGAAUGGAAGACAAUAAUCAAACAAGAUUUGGCUGCAUGUGAGUGGAUGGAAUCGGAGAGUGAGGAAAGCGGUUCAGAAAGUGACAGUGACGACGACGACGACGAUGAUGAUGAGUCCGAUGACGAAUCUGAUGAUACCAGUGGAAUGGAUACUGAUUAAAUAUUUACAAUUCAAUGUGAAAAAUAAAACCUAAAAAUACCGUUUCAAA